UAUAAAAAUAAGUCCGGUUUUCCUCCCUGACGCUAUAACUCCAGAACGCACGAACCGAUUUCCACGGUUUUGCAUUCGUUGGAAAGGUCUUGGGCUCCGUGAGGUUUAUAGCAAAGAAAAUUCUGGAAAAUUCAGGAAAAAUUCAACAGAAAAGUGGGGAAAUCGUUUUUCACAUACAGCGCCAUCUAUUAUACAUAGCAUGUACUUCAAACCAAUAGCAACGGUGCGUGAUAAAGUGUGUGACAGAUAGUUAUUAUUCUCUGCUCAGUUAAUUUCAUUUAAGCUCAGUGUAAAUUAUGUGGAUCGUGCAUUUGAAGUUAAAUUCAACACUCUGUCCAUAGUCCAAAAUGCCUAGAGAACGACGUGCGAACAUCGGCCGCCGCACAAGACAUGCAAGCCAGCAACAAGUCUAUUCAAGGAACUUAAGAGAAGAAAGACAAAAUAUAAUAAGAGAAAAUGACCGAUUGAGACAUCGCGUGAGCACACGAAGAUCAUUGGCAUCAUACAAUCGCUUGGCAUUCCAAUAUGAUCCCACUGCGAACUACAUUGAUGAUGAAAAUUUGGAUAUUGGACGAAUGACGACUAUAUGCCGAUAUUGCAAUGCGGUAAAGUUCAAAAGAGAAACGGUUGGAUUGUGCUGCGCAAGUGGAAAAGUCAAACUGGAUCCAUUACUUACACCACCACAGCCACUGAAAACAUUGUUUGAUGGAAGUGAUCCCGAUUCCAGCCAUUUUCUUCAACACAUCCUUGAAUUUAAUAACUGCUUUCGCAUGACUUCCUUUGGAGCUAAUAUCAUUCGAGAAGGCGGCUUCAUGCCGACUUGCAAGAUACAAGGUCAAAUAUAUCAUUUGCAUGGUUCAAUGGUGCCAACACCAGAUGAACCGCAUCAAUUUCUGCAAAUAUAUUUCAUUUCGUCGAUGGUGGAUCAGCUGAACGUGCGGUGCAAUAUACAGGGAGCACAACAGUUAAAGAGACGAAUUAUUGAACAGUUGCAAGCAUUUUUUCACGCUAAUAAUGCUGUGGUUAAUAUGUUCAAAACAGCAUUGGAACGAAUGCCAUCGGAUACGCACAAAUUUGUCAUAAAAGCGGAUUGUACUCCAACAGGUGAACAUACAUUGUCGUUCAGCGAAGAAGCAAUAUCAUGCAUCGUGUAA